AUGGAACGCGUCGUAACACGGCAUGCGAUCCGCCUCGCCCAAUCUCGGAAAGCGUCCAUACCUCGAACAAUAUACAAACCCUCGCUGCAACAUCUUCGACACCGCAGCAACGACACCAAAAACAAGGACGACCAAGUCUACCCUCUAACAGGCUACUACGCCGACAUACUCUCCUCGCGCCAAACCCUAAACCACGAACUACAAAACACACCCACCAAAGAAAUCCAACCGCAAACCAAUACAGCACCAACACCACCACCCGCCGAAUCACUCCCCAAAACCGACAAAGAGGAAACGCUAGAGAAAGCACGUAUAGUGUUUGGAUCACGUCUCGCGGGGCCUGGCGAACGCAAAGACGAGAUAGAGGCACAUAGUAAAGAAAUCGCUGGUGUGUUUGUGCCGCCAAAACCAAAAGAACCAGAGGGCGAUGAUUGUUGUAUGAGUGGAUGUGUAAAUUGCGUGUGGGAUAUCUAUCGCGAGGAGUCUGAGGAGUGGAGUGCGAAGACUAAGGAGGCGAAGGCGAAGAUGCAGGCGCAAAGAGCACAACAACCGCAGGGCGCUGAUAUGCCUGCUGCUUUGGCAAGCAGUAUGGAUGAUGAUGGAGGUGGUAGUGAGACUCUUUGGACUGGGGGUAGUGAGGUUAACGAGGAAGAGAUGGAUCCAUUUGCCAAUGUUCCCGUCGGGAUGAGAGAAUUCAUGCGUACGGAGAAGAUGUUGAAGCAGAAACACGCUGCACAGGGUUCAAAAGGUGGAUAA